AUGGCGUCCCGCCAACUUCGAGUGUUGUCGUCGUCUCUGCCUUCUGGCAUCACACGAGCAGCUUUCUCAGCUAGCAAACCCAGGUUGCAACAUACACCCAAGCUCCCUAGUACUACGAGGAUGUCGACUAUUGCGGCGUUCAAGAUUCCCAAGGUGGCCAACGAGCCUAACCAACACUAUGCGAAGGACUCACCACAGCGGGCUGGCCUAACGGCGGCCAUCGAAAGCUUACAAAAGAAGGGCGCGUUGGAAGUGCCACUCGUCAUUGGUGGGAAGGAGAUCAAGACCUCCUCCACCGGAAAACAGGUCAACCCAGCCGACCACAAAACCACCGUGGCAACCUACUCCCAAGCCUCGCCCCAAGACGUGCGGACAGCCAUCGACUCGGCACUAGCGGCCAAGGCCGACUGGGAGUCCCUGCCGUUCGCCGACCGGGCGGCCAUCUUCCUCAAGGCGGCCGACUUGAUCAGCACCAAGUACCGUUACGACAUCAUGGCGGCGACGAUGCUGGGACAGGGCAAGAACGCGUGGCAGGCCGAGAUCGACGCGGCAGCCGAGCUGUGCGAUUUCCUGCGCUUCAAUGUGCAAUACGCAGAAGAGUUGUACGCGCAGCAGCCUGCGCACAACUCCCCCGGCGUGUGGAACAGGGUGGAGUACCGACCGCUCGAGGGCUUCGUGUACGCCAUCAGCCCGUUCAACUUCACGGCCAUCGCCGGCAACCUGCCGGGCCUCCCCGCGUUGCUGGGCAACGUGGUGGUCUGGAAGCCCAGCGACUACGCCAUCGCCAGCAACUGGCUGCUGUACAACAUCCUGCUCGAGGCCGGCUUGCCGCGCAACGUGGUGCAGUUCGUGCCCGGCCCGCCCGAGGAGGUGACCAAGGAGGUGCUGGCGCACAAGAAGUUUGCCGCGCUGCACUACACGGGCAGCACGGCGGUGUUCCGCAAGCUGUACGGGCAGAUCGGCGCCGGCGUGGCGGAGGGCCGGUACCAGUCGUACCCGCGCAUCGUGGGCGAGACGGGCGGGAAGAACUUCCACCUCCUACACGCGUCGGCGGACGUGGAGAACGCGGCGAUCCAGACGGUGCGCGGGGCGUUUGAGUACCAGGGGCAAAAGUGCAGCGCGACCUCGCGCGUGUACGUGCCGGCAUCGCUGUGGCCGCAGUUCAAGGCCCGCGUCGUCGAGGAGACGGAGAAGCUGUCGGUCGGCCAGCCGUGGAACCACAAGAACUUUCUCGGCCCCGUCAUCCACGAGGGUUCGUUCCAAAAACUCGCGGGCGUCAUCGACGACGCUAUGAACGACAAGGACCUCGAACUCCUCACCGGCGGAACCUACGACAGGUCCCAUGGCUACUUCGUGCAGCCAACCAUCUACCAAGCCAAGACCCCAUCCCACAAGCUCUUCUCCACCGAGCUCUUCGGCCCCAUUCUCACAGCCUACGUCUACGACGACAGUUCCGACCCCGUGGGCGCGUUCGCGCAGGCAUGCGAGCUAGUCGACACAGCGAGCGAGUACGGGCUGACGGGGUCUGUGUUCGCGACAGACCGGGCGGCGGUGCGGUUCGCCGAGGACCGGCUGCGCAACGCGGCGGGCAACUUCUACGUCAACUGCAAGAGUACGGGUGCCGUGGUCGGGCAGCAGCCGUUUGGCGGUAGCCGGGCGAGCGGGACCAACGAUAAGGCUGGGAGCAUUGCUAUCUUGGGCCGGUUUGUGAGUAUGCGCAGUAUCAAGGAGGAGUUUGCGGCUACGACGAAGGUGGAGUAUCCUAGUAAUGAGGUGUAA